AUGAUCCUCGGGUCGGUAGGAGAAUUCGUGGAGAUAAAAGUAGACCUCCAGACCCGUAAAGAUCUCAAUGCACUCCGAGGCCAGAUUACGAGAACGCAAGAGCUACAUGAGAAUGGUCGCUAUGCUGUUCAGAUUCUCAUGGAGGACGGUAGUGGUAAUCUCGUAAGGGACACGCAUCCGCAUGAAGCUACGCCAGUUCUCCUUAAACCCGAAAACCUGCAGCUGCUGGAACAUUACAAACGGGAACAAGCAGCAGCGUUUGACAAUACGGAGACGGUUCCACUUGCCGCUGUUGAAGGAGAUAAAAGCUUCGACAUAUCGACUCCGUUGCAGGUGGGCGACCUGGUGGAGAUGAAAGGCCUCCGGACACGUCAAGAUCUCAAUGGACGUGCAGGACGGGUAACACAAGAGCUGAAUGAGAAAGGUCGCUAUACUGUUCAGGUCCUCAUGAAGGACGAUAGUGCUAGUGCUAAUCUCGUAAAAGACGCACGAUUCGAGCCAAAACUUCUGAAACCCGAGAACCUUCAGUUGCUGUAG